AUGCUUCCAUCGUACUUAUUCAUUUUUAUUACGCUGCUACAGUGCUACCUUUCUGCUCGUUGGUGCGGGUCUAAAAGCGGAAAAUGUGGCGUCUGGCUCUGGACAGAGCCACGAAAUCUUGACAUAUUGCUUCCGGACACAAUAUACUCGACAUCGACGGAGUGUUAUUACAUAACAAACAAUCCCCAGGCCCUUAAUCCGGGCAAUUCCUUCUCCCAACAGCUGUCGCUCGCUGAAAAAGCCUGCAAUGGAUGGAUAAUAAAGGAGGAUUUCUCUGCAUCUAAGCUCUUCGAGAAGAAUGCGGCGCUGUAUUUGGCCUCCUCGGGGUUUCCUGGCGGCAAAAUGAGGCUGCGUUCUAGUGCCCAACUGCAGCAUAGGAACCAGAGAUGUACUAUCGAAAGUGCAAUGGCUGCACCAGCAGCUCUAGUUAAGCAGCCACACUACGCAGCAGCCAAUAAAAACAUUACGAAAGCACUCGAUCUUCCCAGCACGUGCUCUCUUCUAGCAGACUCCUCCUCGGAGCGUCUUGUGCAAUUGACGCGGGCCGCUUGGCGCGCAGGCAGUAUGCCUCUGGGCUUCACGUUGGUCAACAAGCUGACUCCGGAAGAGGGCCGGGAGGCAAAUUUAGACAUUACUGGACAGUUCUGUGUCAGCUGCGACAAUUCAUUUCCUAUCCGGAGGCCACGCGACACCGAAUACGACUACAAUGAGGAACAUCCAGAUAGUGGAGCAACAAAGCAAGCGAUCGGGGGCCCCAACAGCACAUUUGACGUGUUUAGCUUAUCUGGGGCUAGCCUAGCUGAAGCCUCUGAGAUUGCUCGGAAGCUGACGCUGUUGACUCAGACACUCUUCAAAGUGUGGCUGGAGUCAUUGGUUGUGGACCUCGUCAAGGCAUGGAACGGCAAAAUGUACUUUUUGCAGGUGAAAUCCUUCACAUUGAGACAGACCGGCCCUCGCGUAGAUUCUGCGCUCAAAGUGGACGACAAGAGUGAUGAUGAUGAUGAACCCCUUGAUGGAGCCUUGAAGGCUAGCACUGCUUUGCUCCGGAGACAGCAAAUCUCCCUAGCACAGCCAUCGGUUUGCGCGAUGUGCGGACUAAGCCGCAGCAAGAAGUCACUAAACCGCAUGUUGAAUCACCGAAUGAUGCUGGAAGCUCAGCAUCACAUGCGCAAGAGGGGAGUGGAAAUAUUGUUUUUUCACCAGGCAAGAAAGCAACAGCUCUCAGCCGAGUCUCCCGUCUGCGGUACUUGCUACUCACUGUACUUAGCCGAGAAGGAGCUCAUCCUGCUCGAGGCAGAACUGGCUAGGGAAACUGGGCAGCAAAUUAGUGCUGAGGCUGGAAAGCUUUGUUUUGUGACGGGCAUUCUCGAUGCAAUUCAGGGAAGUUUUUUGACGAAGGACCCUGAUCUUUUAGAAUUGCUUCAAGCCUUCGACAACUCCUGUCAGAACACGGAGGGAGCUGCCACCGGAGCUGGUCCUGUUGAUGAACUAACCGACGACGCACCAGAAGCCUCUAAUAACGAAGACAUCCUUGUAACUCUACAGAAACACAGAAGCAAUGCUGAGAAUGACUUUCUCUUGGGAAGGCAAGAUUCUGAUGUUCCAUUGACAAGAGAUGCGCAGGGGGGGCUAAUUAUUUUCCGUGGAGGUGAAGCUAUCCAAUCGGCGCCGCCUCCUCAACCAUACGACCUCGUGCUCCCUGCAGCAUUGUAUCAGUGGCGUCUCAUGCUGUUCCUAGACUCGCUGCAGGACACCCCUUCACUGCAAGGUUCAGGACAGCAGAAACCUUGCCUGCUGCAACUAGGUCUCUUUGGGACCACAUCCCCCGUGCAGUUGCCUGCCCCAGAUGAGCGGGGAGUUGUGCGAAUUCGUCGAAUGCUUAUAUUCUACCUCUUCUCAAAGAAGCCGAUUGUUACGGAGGCAUUUAAAGAAGAAUUGCACUUCUCCUUACGGUGUGGUGGCAACGCCAACCUCACGAAUCGCCCCACCAAAGUCACGGAUGGCAGAGCCCAGUCCGCUGGAGCUCAGCGGCCAUCCAUGUUUCAGUUAACAGCGAAAAGCAAACUCUUAUGCAGUGGCACUUCAGAAUCCUACGAGCAGCCAAGUGCAAUGGGCAGCUGUUCUCUGGAUCGGUUGGCGGGGAAACGGAACGUCAAAAAGCAGACUUCUGUUCUCCUUUUCGAAGGGAGCACUGGCAGGUGCAGACUGGGUAUUACCCUAGGCCUGCACAGGGAUAUGCAGGUUCCGACUCAGUAUGUCUCUGUAGUUCCAUUUCGUGAUGUGUUCCUGUCCCAAACUCCGUACUGUUGUUCCUGCCCCCUCCCAGCGGAGUGGCUGGACUGCUUCAUGGCAGCCUCAGAAUCUUAA